GUCGAAGCGGAAAAGGUCGAGCACCACUGAAGACGACGAACCCCUACCUAACGACCCCACGAAGCGACGCGCCGUCCCCCGCCCACCACCGACGAGAGGAGGCUUGGAGCAUACAGCGCAGCGCCGCGCCCUCACACCCCACAGCCUUGAGGAGGUCCCUCGAGACUGCUUGGAAGACCGAGUUGAUCGUUGGAGAGGGCGGGACACUGCGAGACUUCCCAUCAUGUCUUCCUCUACCAGCAGAAGCAGAAGCCGCAAGAGAUCUCGUCCUGGCACCUCUACUGUUCCGACUGUUUCAUCCCAGCCAACGUCGGCGCUAUCGGAAAAGGCAUCUACAUACGACGAUGGCACUCUCAACGUCCUUCGGGACUGCUGCAUCUAUGGCCCACCGUUCGCAACGGGCGUAGAACCUUCCAACAAAGCGGAGCUCCUUGCCGGACUGCAACGUAGACGCUCUUCCUUGGAUGCUUCCGCCUAUCCGGACAGCAAUUUCAAGCGCUUCCUCAAAGCGAACUACGAAGCACUCAACGAGAGCCAGGUCAUGCUCGAGGUUGUUUACCCAUACUUCACCACCUACUUCAAGGACCAUCCGAAAUCAGCAAACCUGGCCUUCACAAACCUAGAGCCUAUCUUUCAGCCGCCUCCGAAGAUUUCACCGCCCCAACCAGAUCACAGCUUCGGUACCGCCGAGGAAGACAUACAUCUUGCAGUGCGCAACAAGCUCGACAAGUUCAUUGUGUGUUCGAGAAAGCCUCAUGCGCCCGCUGCCGUCAACGAUAUGAUGCAGGUGAAAGGGCGAGAGGGCAAGGCAAGAGUGCUGGAUACACAGAUCACCAAAGACGGUGCGAUUGGAGAGCGAGCUAUGUAUGAGUUGCACGGAUUUGCUCGAGGAUCUCCAUGUCCGGCCGACGGAGUAGCGCAUACCUUUUUGCAGUCCUACCAUGAUGGUGUGAUGAAGUUCUUUGUGGCAUUCAGGAAGGCCAGCAGUGUCAGGAGGGAGCCAGACAAGAUUUACAUCACCGAGAUUGCGGGUGAAUACCUGUGUGGCUCUCCCGAGCACCUCCGGAAGGGCCUCACGAUGUAUCGGAACUUUGUGGAUAUGGCAACAGAAGCUCGAAGCAAGGCGGUGGAGGCAGCCAAUGCUGUGGCCCUCGCGAGUGAGGAUGAGGGAGAGGGAGAAGGAGAGGAAAAUGAGGAAUUUCACGAUGCGCCGGCUGCAGCGUGAAUGGUGAUUGAUGGAAAGCUGCUGGCAGCGUACGAAGUCACGACCGACAUGACCAGUAAUGCAUAGCGUGAUGAGC